AUGUCUCGACCUAAGCAAAGAGAAAUUGCCUGCGCUCGUUGCUUCCGCUUGAAGCGUAAAUGCGACCAUGCGAAACCUACCUGCGGUGAAUGUCGCCGGAAAGGCGCCGAGUGUCUACCGGCGAGAUCGCGCCGGAUCGGCGAUAGUGUGACGAUCCCACUUGCGUACCUGAAAGAAUUGGAAAGAAGAGUGGCCGAGCUCGAAGACUCUCCUCAAUCUGCUGAUACGGUGAUGUGCGAUGCAAGUGUUCAAACUGAUAUACCACUAGAGGGAAGUGUUGAUUCACCUUCCCAGGCCCUCUGGAUACCGGACACCAAAAAUAAGUCGCAUUGGACGGACUUCAAAGAAGAGAACGCCUUGGUGGUAUUCCCAGAAACACAACCAAUUCGAAUAUCUCGAUCGCCCUCUCAAAUCUCCUAUAUAGACAUUUUCUCCCAAUUCAACGAACACCUCGACUUCUUACGAUUUGACAAGGGCCCCGUUUAUCCGCUCAUCAGCGACGACUCGUUAUGGCUCACCGAACUCUACACCAAUGUUUACUUUUCUAUAUCACACCGCGAGUGGCCUUUUCUGAACGAGGCUACUUGGAAGAUAUGGCAUUGUGAAGAUUCCUUCGAGGGGCAAGAAUGGAAGUGUUUCUUUCUGCGGAUGGUCUACUCCAUUGGCGCAUCACUAUGCAGCUCGAUGCAUCGAGAUCCUGCGCAUCUGGCACGAUCAAAGAACCUGUAUACUUCUGCCAUGGACUAUUAUCCACAUGUGAUUGGACAUUCAUCUAUGGUGUUGCAGGUCCAGGCAUCGCUUCUUUUGAUUGUGUAUGCGCUGUAUUCUCCUUCGUCGGAGGAGAUUGCCGCGGGCGUUUCUUCAAUAUUGCCAUUCUGUACAGCUGCGAUGACAGAGAUUCGCAAAUAUGCACGCACCAUUCGAGAUGAUGAGUCUGCUCUUGGGGAGUUCUGGACGGAGAACAUGUUCAUAACGUGUUACAUGUUGAACGAAGUUAUUGCUUCUGGUUGGGAUCGGCCAAUGUCUGCUGCCUAUCGUGCCGUGGAUGACGAUCUGUGUAUCCUGGGCGAUACCAUCCAACCUCCUGUCAAUACAAAUCCUGCUCUAGGUCAUCUCUUCCGACUACGGAAGAUCCAAUCAAAUAUUAGAAGAUCACUCGAGCGAUCACGAUGGCAAUUCUCCGAGGAGAAGGAAGGGUUCAACGCCUCCUUGAAAUCGGCUCUGAAUAUAUGGAGACAAGACAUUCCGCGUUAUGGAACUGCGGAAGUCUCAUGUGGCUACUUCAACCCGAAUUGGAUGACAAAGCUGUAUGAUUACAGUAUUCUGAUAUUGAUGGAAGAGAAGCGGAACUUCCUGGAUCACGAGGGCAUUGAGGAUAUCUUCUCUGCUGUUGCUGAGGUUUGUAUGAAGUAUCGCGAUUUCCAGGAGGAAGGGCACGUGUUAUGUUUUACCUGGUCUGCUCUGGUGUUCCAAUUCCGCGCCGGAAUCAUGCUAUUAUACCUCAUUUGGGCUACCAAAUCCAUGGAUACUUUCCAGCAACGACACCCAACACACGAAUAUGCAGGAGCCACCGAAGCAUGCAAAAAGAAUUUCUCCUGCUUCGCGGCCCGCUGGGACGACGCUGUGCCCUAUCAUAAAAUGUUCCAGUUCUUGCAACAAAAAGUCAUGUGGGAUGCCGACACGUCGACGCUGGAGAAAGUUCCAUGUGUAGAGGAAGCCGAAUCAUACCUGGAACAGCUGAAGAAAAAAUAUAUACAUCGGGCUAUCCUGGGGAUGAUAGAGGAUAUGAUGUAUGGGGUGUUUGUACGGGACGAGGCAACCUUGGACACUUUUGUGAUGGGCAUGUAA